AUGCUCCUUCUCCUCUCCUCGGCCACCGGCGCGACGGCUGAUACCCGGUGCGUCGACGAAGGCCCGUGGCCUUGCUCGGUCGACGGCUGUCCAUCCGAGACCGUUGGCUGCUCGUCCCUCGCUGAGCUCGACCUCUGCUCGAGUCAGUUCGCCGAGAUUUGGAACCCGCCGCCAUUCGGCCUCUCGGGCACGGUCCAUGGCCGCUGCCCUCGCGCCUGUGGCCGGUGCGGCGUCGAUCCGCCCGCCGAGUGCAACAUGGCGGUGAUAGACGGCACGGCACUCGGCGAGGAGGCGCUGGCGGCGGCGCUCGUGGCGGCGGAGGAGCCGGUUGUGAUCCGUCCUGUCCCUCACUCAUGGGCGGCGCCUCCGCUGGAGCGCCUUGUGCGGGACCACGGCACGGGGGUCGCGCCCGCCGCCCGCGAUCUCUCGGCGGACGUGCCGUCGCUCAGCUUCUUCAGGACGGUCCUUGCGCGCCACAGCGAGGAGCGGCCGAGCACUGCCGGCCGGCUCCUCCUCUCGGCGGGCGGCUGGGCGAACGGACGCCCCUUCCACGCGCAUGGGCCGGCGCUCUUCGCGCUGCUCGGAGGCGCCAAGCGCUGGCUCGUGCGGCGGCCGAACGCCAGCUUCGCGUGGCAGUCGCUCGAGGCGCCGCGGGAGAGCCUGUCGGGCGCAUCGCUGCCGGACGGCUGGGAGCCGCACGUGUGGCAGUGCACGCAGCGCGAGGGGGAGCUCCUGUGGGUACCGGACCAGCAGCACCACGCGACCCUCAACUACGCCGCGGACACAGUCGGCGUCACGAUGGUCAUUGACGAGACGGAGCCCUUCACGCCGCUGCACGCCGCUGCGCAGAGCGGAGCCGCGGCGGCGGUGGCGCGGCUCCUCCGAGACGGCGCAGAGGUGGACGCUGUGGCGGCGCUGCUGGGUGGCGGCGCCACCGUCGACGCGGUGGCGAGCGGAGGCAACACGCCGCUCCACGUGGCGGCGGCCGGCGGGCACGCGCGCGCCGUGCGGAUGCUGGUGCAGAGCGGGGCCGACCUUGAGGCGCGCGACGCGCACGGUCACACGGCUCACGGACUGGCGGUGAGGCUCGGGCAGGAGGAGGCUGCAGCGGUGCUGGAGCGGGCGGCGGUGUUGUAG